AAUAAAAGAGAGCAAAUCAAGCUGACGUAAAGUUUGUUUUUGUUUCAUUUUUAAAAAUGGCGGACGAGGUGCAACUGGCGCAAGACGCCCAAGCCGGCGAAGACACAAUAUUCGGAAAAAUACUACGUAAAGAGAUCCCUUGUAAGUUCAUUUACGAAGACGACCAGUGUGUAGCCUUUGAUGACAUUAACCCACAGGCCCCCGUUCAUUUUCUCGUUAUUCCUCGCAAAGCGAUUUCGCAACUGUCCAAAGCCGAGGACUCCGACGAGGCCCUUCUUGGACAUUUAAUGAUUGUGGCCAAGAAAAUCGCCGCUACAAGAAAAUUGGAUAAGGGCUUUCGACUGGUGGUUAAUGAUGGACCGAUUGGUGCCCAGUCAGUAUACCACUUGCAUAUUCACGUGUUGAGCGGAAGGCAAAUGCACUGGCCACCAGGUUAAUUGUAUUUUAAAUAUUUUUUGAUUAGUUUCAGGAAUAAACCUAAAGAGUUCUGUUAAA